AUGGAUCAUUUAAACUUCGCUGAAGCAAUGUGUCCGACCAGGUCAAACGCCAUCAACAAUGUCCCAAAGCGAAAAGCUUGCGAAGAUUCACUCGCCGAGCAGGACGACUGUACAUCAACCACUGAACCCAGGCAGCACGACGUUGUGGACAAAGCCCAAGUAGGAUUUCAACAGGUGACAAAGUGUUCUAAACUGAACCACAACGAACACAUCUCGCAGAAUGUGGCGCGAGAAAAGAUAAAUGAACGAGAAAGGCAACGUAUGCACGAUCUUAACAGCGCCAUGGACUCUUUGAGAGAAGUGAUACCAUUUACCAACGGACCGUCCACUCGACGACUGUCCAAGAUCGCCACUCUGCAAAUGGCGAGGAAUUACAUCGUAUCCCUGUCACAGGAUAUUCAGGAUCUUAAACGCAUUGUUAGUGAUUUACAAAAACUCCAGCCCCAAGCGAACAAAGAUGGUAUUACUCAAAAAGAUUAUGACGAACUGAGUUUUUGUCCACCUUCAGUAACACGGCUCCAUGCUUCCAAUUCUGUGUCGCCAAUGCUGAAUUAUCUCCCGUGGGCUUCCAGUGAUUCUGCUUUUGGGCUUCUCAGCACUCGCGUGGAUCCCUUCAGCAGAUAUGGAAGUUUACCGACCUUUCCUAGCCCCCUCCAAGGAACUGUACCUCGGGUCACACCCUAUCUAUGUUACCCUCACAGUCAAGCAAGGGUCCCCAUAAUUUCAUCUUCACCGUUACCUUGCCAGAGACUCGAAACUCACAGACAUGAGAAGAAACUCCUUAAUCCAUGA